AUGGACCAAGACCAAGCAUUCAAGCUCCUGGACGCUUUCUGUGUCGCCGGUGGCAACUUUAUCGAUACAGCCAAUAAUUACCAGAACGAACAGUCUGAGACGUGGAUUGGCCAAUGGAUAGAGGCCCGUAAAAACCGAGACUCUCUUGUCCUGGCUACUAAGUUUACAAUGGACUACCGCAGUCAUGCCAUUGGGCAAGGGUCGCAAGCAGCUAAUUUCGCUGGAAAUUCCCGCCACAGCAUACAUGUUAGCAUCCGGGAUUCACUAAAGAAGCUACACACGGAUUAUGUUGAUAUUUACUAUGUUCACUACUGGGAUUAUACCACAUCGAUUAAGGAGGUCAUGGAUGCCUUACAUAUACUUGUCGAGCAGGGUAAGGUGCUGUAUCUUGGAGCAUCUGACAUGCCUGCAUGGAUAGUAUCAGCAGCCAACACUUAUGCCAUGGCCUACGGAAAGACCCCUUUUAGCAUUUAUCAAGGGCGCUGGAAUGUGUUGGAGCGAGACUUCGAGCGUGACAUCAUCCCAAUGGCCCGUCAAUUCGGCAUGGCACUUGCGCCAUGGGCCACUCUUGGAGGGGGUCACCUCCAAACUAAGGCAGACAUGGAGAAACGUAAAAGUGCCGGUGCGAACUUGCGCAUGUUCGGUGGGCGACCUCCACACCAAACAGAGGAGGAGAUCAAAAUGAGCGAGGCUCUGGCCAAGGUGGCAUCAGACCACGGGAUUGAAUCUGUCACAAGUAUCGCGUUGGCGUACGUUAUGUCAAAGGCUGCUAAUGUCUUCCCUGUUGUUGGUGGACGCAAGAUCGAGCACCUACAAGACAACAUCAAGGCUUUGAGCAUCAAGCUCACUGCUGAAGAAAUCGAAUACAUUGAAAGUGUCAAGCCUUUUAACCCGGGCUUCCCACACAACUUCAUUCCCAAGGAUCCGAAUGUCACAGGACAGUCUUUCCUGAUUGCUAGGACUAAUGCGAUGAAGUUCCCAAACGCACACCAACCCACGUCUCUAUGA